AUGGCCGACCAACCGCCCCCAAACAGUGGCGUGCCUCGUCGCAAGCCGGUCCCUUCGUCGCAGCCGUUGCCCGACACAUGGGCUGCCGACCUCACUGCACAGUUCCGACGCACCCUCUCGACGAAGCGCAUGAACGAGUUGAAUAGCAGACCUGGCUCGCUGCGACGGGGAAACUCGCGAAUCAAUACCGAUAUUGUAGUCCGACCAUCACAACCGCCCGCACUACCGCCGCGACAGGCCCACGAUGUUUCGUCCCAAACACCACCUCCACCUUCACGAGAGGCUCCUUCAAUACCAGGACAGGAAGGCGUCCCACGAACACAAUCACCUCCUCCAUCGUACUCGUCACUGAAGAACAUCCCAAUCACGCCUACCCCGCCAACAGACGCAAAGUCGAUACGAAUGCGUAACAUGCUGGUUUCACUAUCAAAUACACCGAUGAAAUGGGAGAACCCAGGACUGUUAGACGAGGCGCUCGGUAGCAUUCCGUUGCAACGAAUAUACGACACUGCACAGGAACGAUCAGAUGUACUGGAAGCCGAAGCUGCAUCACUAGGCGUCAAGGCACAAUGGGGCUACCAAGACUGCAUAGUCCAGGCCUUGAUGGAGUGGUUCAAGAAUGAGUUCUUCGAGUGGGUCAACAACCCCAAGUGUGCGACAUGCUACUCCCCAACCGUGGGCAAGGGCAUGGUAGCACCCAUCCCGGACGAGUCUGCACGAGGAGCCAGCCGAGUCGAGCUAUACCAAUGCAGCAACCCACAGUGUCUUUCCUACGAGCGAUUUCCACGAUACAACGACGCCUUCGUACUGCUACAAACCAGGCGUGGCCGGGUCGGCGAAUGGGCCAACUGUUUCUCAAUGCUGUGCAGAGCUAUCGGUAGCCGGGUGCGGUGGGUAUGGAACGCAGAAGACCACGUCUGGACCGAAGUGUACAGUACUCACCGUAAGCGGUGGGUGCAUGUCGAUGUUUGCGAAGGAUCGUGGGAUGCUCCACUGCUCUACACUCAAGGCUGGCGCAAGAAGCUUAGCUACUGCAUGGCCUUCUCUGCCGAUGGUUGCCAAGAUGUCACUCGACGAUAUGUCCGCAACCCUGCCCGUGACGCCGCUCCGCGCAACAGAUGCCCGGAAGGUGUACUCAUGCACAUUGUCGCCGAGAUCAAGGCCAUGCGCCGAAGAGACAUGGAUAAGCAAGAGCGCUUCCGAUUGAACGCCGAGGACAUGAAGGAAGACGCUGAACUGCGAAAGAUCAUCAUCGAGUCACUCGCAUACAACGUCAGCCGCAUUCUACCUGGCGGCAACGACGCAAAGACUGACCGACCACCACGGACGGAUCCUGACGCACAGAAAGCUGCCGAGCGGCAAGAGGAACGUGCCCGCCUACGCGAGGCUCGUCGCAACCAGGACCAACCACAACGAUAA